GCUGGACGGGGAGGAGACUCGACAUGCGGGGUGGUGCAAUGUGGCGCUGUAAAGUCCUCCAGCACUCACGGGGUGCACAAAGGUGGAGGACAGUCGCAGCACAUUGAUCCAGUUUUGUGAGUCUGACUUCCUCCCAGAGUGACCAUGAGAGCCCUCCUCUUGUUCUGCAUGCCAGUUGUGCUGCUUGCCCAAGUCCAGUACCAGGAACCAAUUCCUUUUAUUGAGGACUACGGUGAUUAUUUCCCAGAGAAUUCCUAUUCUGAGAAUCACGAUUCUGUUGCCGGAAAUUUCCAGCAGCAGGUUCGAGUGGAUCCCGUGAUCCGUCCAGAAAAAACAGAGAAUGAUUUGGAGACGGAGCCCACAGAGCCCGGACCUCUUGAUUGCAGAGAGGAGCAGUAUCCUUGCACUAGACUUUAUUCCGUGCACAAACCAUGCAAGCAAUGCCUGAACAGUCUCUGCUUUUACAGUCUGAGGCGUGUGUACGUCAUCAACAGGGAGGUGUGUGUGAGGACCGUGUGUGCACAUGAAGAGCUGCUCAGAGCGGAUCUAUGCCGGGACCAGUUUUCGCGCUGCGGUGUGGCGGCGGUGAGCGGCCACUGCGGGUCCGUGGGGGCGAGCUGUGGGAAGAGCUGCGGUGGUGGUUGCUGAUGGAGACCCCCUUGGAGACAUUAAAUCCACUUUUUUCCUUCCUCACCUUAAGCAGUGUUUCCCAACCUUUCUUAACCCAAGGCACAUAUUAGCUUACUUGUCACGUGGCUCACGGAAAAAUUUAGUUUGGCUGUCAUGAUAGGUCGCUGGUAUAAUAGAUCAACAAAUUUCUACUAAGUCAGUAAUACUUUUUGGAUUGAUCAAAUAUUUCUUCCGUACGAGCUUGUAUUUGGGAAUCACUGCUAUAAUGUCUCAUACCAUUUGUCACGCACCAUCUUUAGCCCCGCCCCUUCUCUCACAUGUACAACUGUUUGUAUGGGAUCAAUAUACUCCAAAGAAUGUUUGAUGAUUGUACAAAUCACUGGUGCUAUAAACUCAUCACACUGGUGCUGUAUUAGAGAUGCGACCAGCUGCGGAGAUCUCUUUUUUUUGGCAUACUGUACCGGCCGUAUUAAUCGCUUGUUGUUUUCUUAUACUGUACUUAAAAGAAAAAAAAGAAGUCAUUCACUCAAAGCAGUCACUGACAUCAGCCAAGAAGAUGACCUCAGCUUUUUGCAGCAAGUGUGCAAAAAAUGCUUUGAGAAAACUUCUCCCAAAGCGCUAUACUGCUGCUUUGAAAAUCACGAUUAAAAGAUAAUAAAAGAUAUUUUUUGUUUUGA